AUGCAGGGCAUCCUGCUUCGCGACGCGUAUUACAGCGAGAUUCCCGCCAUUGCGCGAAUGUCGACUCUGGCCUUCUGGGAUGAUGACUUAUUCGCAAUCCUCAUUCACCCUCAUCGGGAGAAGUAUCCCGGCGAUGCAGACCUGUACUGGAUACGGCGGGCCCGUGUGAACUUUUGGGACUAUCGGCGGAAGUGGUUGGUGGCCGUGGACAAAGAUGAGAAAGGAACUGACACCAUCGUCGGUGUGGCCCAGUGGGAACGUCUGGGGCCCGGUGGGAGGAGAAUGGAGUGCCACUGGCUGGACCCGCGCAACCUGCUGAAGCCGCUGUCGCGUCUGGCCAUGUUUCUGCAUGCGUGGUCGUGGCCGAACCGCGCUUGCGACCCGGCUCAAGAGGAUGCCAUAGAGCGGUCCUAUCCUUACUUCGAAAAGGCCUGGACUGGUGACAGGGCAGAGUCAUGGUAUCUAGAACUCUUGGCUGUGCAUCCCGAUCAUCAGGGGCGUGGUAUCGGUCGAAAGCUUGUGCAAUGGGGCCUGGACCGUGCGCAGGAAGAACGCGUAUGUGCUUCAGUGGUGAGCGCUUGGGGCAAAGAUGGGUUCUACCAGAAGGCCGGGUUCAAUGUUCAGUCUGGGUGCGCAACUAGCGGUGAGGGAAAUCCUCUAGCCAAUGUGAGGGGUGGAAACAUCUUUUGGAAGGACCCGGAACCGACCAAUACCACGGUUGGUUAA